AUGUCUAGGGAGGAUGGCCAGAAAGUGAACCAUGACGUCUUUGGAUUGAUGUAUACAUCAUUCAUCAACAAAGUCAUAAAGGAUGGGCCAGAAGGAAGUAGAGAGAGGUUAUUUACAAUUGGAAAGAGGAUCGGUGAAAGGAUGGCAGACGACUUUUUCUUCACUGGCAAGCCGGAAAAGCCUAUGGGUUUAGGAGAAGUAUCAAAAGACAUAUCGGAGUCUUUCUUUCCAUACUACUUCUCGUUCCACCCCACACACAAUCAAGGUAUCAUCAGUCUGGGAAGGCUCCCGUUACUUCAGUACACAGGAAAAGAAGAGGAAUGCCUGGAAAUGAUCUGUGGAAUUCUACAAAGUGUGUAUGGAUAUGUGUCCAAGGAUGGGAUUAGGUUUGAAGCCAUGAAGUACAAGGGAGAACACUGUAUAGUGGUGAGAGAUGGAGAGCAUGUCGAAGGACCCUCUGCAGUAAGGCUUAGGGAGGGGGAGUUCAGGGAAAUCUAG